AUGCGCAUUUACGCCCUCGCUCGUCUCAUCCUGCAUGCUUUCGUGCUCGUAUUCACCAUCUGCUUGCUGGGAAUCUCUGCCAAUACCGUAGCACUAGCGAACAAGUAUCAUGUGACCCGCCAAUAUGCCCAGUUGUCUUUAGCGGUGUCCGUCAUCACUCUCGUCGUGCUCAUCCCCGUUCUGGUGCUUGACCGUCUCCGUCGCAAUGCGCUGCCCUCUUGGACGUCUGUUGAGCUUGGUUGGAAUGGUGUCAUCUGGGUCUUGUGGUUAGGCGAGUCCCUCCCUCCCUCUCCUCUUCCCUGCAUGCCGUUAAUAUACCCUCUGGAUGUCGAAUACCUUUCGUAUUACCUACGCUCCGCCUCCGAAGCUCAAUCUGUCUGUCAGCAAUCACAAGCUAUUGAGGCACUCGCAUGGCUCAACUGGAUCAUCUUGUUCGCCCUCUUCUGGAUCCUUCUCAUCACCGCGCUUGUCUAUCACACUCCUUCAGGCGGAGCUAUCUGGAUGUCCUCCAUGGCUGACUACACUCCUGCGCCCUCUGACAAGGUCGCUUCGGGCGGGAUGAUGCCGAUGACUCAACCGACGCACUAUGCCGGUGCACCUAUGGCGGCGGGGAAUCCGCAGAUGGGGUAUCCCGCUGCAGCCACGCCAGGCACCCAGAUGAGCGGGGUUGGAGGGAUGCCAAUGAUGGGAACACCGAUGACGCAGGCGACGCAAGGGCAUCCAGGCGUUGCACAGGUCUAA